AUGAAUAGUUUAAUACCAGCUGUAUUUGGUAUACAGAGUACGGCAGGAGCCGUACCUGUAAGGAAUGAUAAGGGAGAAGUAUCUAUGCAAAAAGUAAAAGUUCAUAGAUAUGUUUCGGGUAAACGUCCAGAUUAUGCACCCGCUUCGACUAGUGAAGAAGAAUCAGAUAGUGAAGGAUUUGUCGAACAGCAAAAUCAAAGGUCUAAUAAAAGAGCACAUUCUAGAUCUCCUCCUGUUCAUGAAGAAGAAAGAGAUUUUAGUCACAAUCAUGAUAAAGAUCCUAGGUUAAGGAGAUUUGAAAAAAUAAGUAAAAUUGCCAGUGAUGACAGCGAUUCAGAAAUUAGACAAGAAAGACACAGGCAUAUUUUGGAACCUGAAGUGUUAGAAGAAGGUGAUACCAUAAUAGAUAAAAGAGAAGAUGAAAGUAGUGAUGAGGGAGAGCUUAGCGAUGAAGAAAUCGAAAGAAGACGUCAACUUUUAAAACAAAAGUUACUUAGUAAAAAAGAAGAUGAGGAUGUAGAAAUUUUAGGUAAAGAAGAAGAAAAUAAAUCAGUUGCCUCAAGCGAGGAAGAAUCAUCUGAAUACGAAGAAUAUACAGAUUCAGAACCAGAAACUGGCCCUAGACUGAAACCAGUUUUUGUUAGAAAAAGAGAUAGGAUAACAAUAAUGGAAAAAGAAAAAGAAGCACAAAAACAAAAACAAGCUGAAAUCGAAAGUAAAAAAAUGGCUGAAGAACGAAGGAGGCACACAUUAAAGAUGAUAGAAGAAGACAUUAGGAAAGAAGCUGCCAUUAAAGUCGGUGAUGAAGUAAAAAUUACUGAUGUUAAUACUGAUGAUGAAAAUGAUGAAGUCGAAUAUGAAGCAUGGAAAUUAAGAGAAUUGAAACGUAUAAAAAGAGAUAGAGAAGAAAGAGAAGCUCUGGAAAAAGAAAGAUUAGAAUUAGAACGUAUUAGAAAUAUGACCGAAGAAGAAAGAAGGGUGGAAUUGAGAAACAAUCCGAAAAUAAUAACAAAUAAAUCGACGAAAGGAAAAUAUAAAUUCCUUCAAAAAUAUUAUCAUCGUGGUGUUUUCUAUCUGGACCAAGACGAUGAUGUUUUCAAACGUGAUUUUUCGUCUGCAACCCUCGAAGAUCACUUUGACAAAACGAUACUUCCAAAAGUGAUGCAGGUUAAAAACUUUGGUAGAAGCGGCCGUACGAAAUAUACUCAUCUUGUUGAUCAAGACACGACACAAUUGGAUUCCCCCUGGACAGCCGACACGGCACAAAAUUUAAAAUUUUUUAACAAUCAAGCUGCCGGAAUGAGACAAGUUUUUGAUAAACCUACAAAAAUAAUGUCUAAAAAAAGAAGUGCGAAAUAA